AUGGCCACGGUGACGACGUGUAAACAAACGUCUCGUUCCCUGAAGGAGACGGCGAACAAGGACAACGUGUCUGUGCAGGGCACAGACACCGCGAAGAAGAACUACAACAAUGUGACUGUGCCGGACACAGUCAUCGCGGAAGACAACGACACGUCUGUGCGGGCCACAGACAGCGCGCAGAUCAGACCUGCAGCAGAGGAAGUCGUGUUGAAUAAGCCAUUUACACACAAGCACUGGACUUUGUCAAGCGCCGACAAACCGUCAUACGGUUUGUGUUUGUCCAGGACGCGGUAG